UUUGGGGUCGACUCGCUCGGUGGCGCUGUAACAUGGCACAGGCGCUGUAGAAAAUUUCUCUCGUGGGAAUCCCCUUAGUGUGUGUGCAACGUCUGACUAGAUGGUAUUCCAAAACCCCUCGUCUCACCCUCGUUGUUAUUACCCGUGGAUUGGACAAAUGUGUAGUGGGUGAAGGUGGCUUUAUGUUUGUGUUGGGUAGUGGCUACGUUGGGGUAACUGAUGGGGAGCCGGUACAGCGGAGUGGGAAAGAGAUGUCGAUGCGCCACGGAUGCUCGGUUACGGGGGUAGACUCGCGCCGCGGGGGCGAUGAGCGCACUUCCGUUUGCCCUUAGAUUGUCCUGCUGUUGUUGGUGCUGGUUGACAUUUAUUGUUAUACUAUUGAAAUCAAGUUGCGUUGAAACAAGUGAUAUUGUUGGUAGUGAUAAUACGAGGCUAUUCUGGGAACUUUGGAGUUAUGGAGAUUUGGAUGUUGGGAGGGAUGAAAGAUCCCGGAGCCGUAACACACGGAGGGCUCAAGAGGGUGUAUACGAUGAGGAGGGCGAUGGGGAUUUAUCGUAUGAUGGAGAGGAGGACUAUGUUGAGGGAAAUUCGACAGAGAAAGGGCGAUUUCUGGGCUCACUGUGCGACGACACAUGCAGCUCGAAUCUACAGCAUGUUGUUUGCGACUCCAUCAGCGGUAAAUGUGAGUGUGAAAAGAAUUAUCCGGUGCCGCUUGGACCGACAAAAGGCUGCACUAAACCGAAAAAGCUCGGAGAACAAUGUUUCUAUCGGGCAAGCUGCACAUUCGUCGACCAGCACGCAACGUGCACGCAGGUACAACACAAUGCCAUGUGCGAAUGCGAUACGGGAUAUCACCGUGUCGUUCUCUCAAGACCAACAAAAAAAACAUUCUGUGCAGAAGAUCUCGUGCUGAUAAAGACUGACCUCGCUACUCUUCUUGGUGUAGCGUCAGGUAUAGCGGUGCUCACGGGACUGAUUUGCUUCGUAUUAAAGUUAUUCAGCCGAGCUAGAUAUUCAGAACCCAGACAUUAUGCCAAUGCCCAUCAUACUCCACCGAUGUUAUUCAGUAAUGAUGCAGGUAUACCAUUGACACUCUCAGGAAGGCCCUCGUCGCGCUCAAGCCAGCGCAGUGGUGAUGGCCCAUUGACCUGUGGAGCCUUCACGAGGAGACCAAGCAGCGGUGGUAGCCGUGGACCACUUGUUCCAGCAUCGCGUGCAGGUGCGGCACGUGCCGCCGCCAUCUUGCUUAUUUCGUGUCACCUACAGGCAGCGGCCAAAGGGAAAAAGCACCGACGUACCCUUAGCGACGUUGCCGAGGGAUCCAACGGCCUCGGUUCGCGACGUCCGAGUCUGGCGUCGAUACACAGUUCAACUUCAUCGGCGAGGAGUUACAGCGCCAGGCGACUCGAGAAGGAGAGAAACGACAAGGAGCAGAGACUGGCGCUGCAGGAAUUGAGAUUAGCUAGACAGCGGGAGCAGGAGGUACAGAUGCAACAGUUGCAGACGCAACCGACGCCCAGUCCAAGGACACCUCAUUCGACCGAUGAAUUAUUGCCGGCGGUCGAGGAAAGCCGAGAGAUAUUGACGGUGGUAGCAUCAGAAAUGCCAUCAGUAUCACGAAUAAUACCUCAGCAAUCAUCAGUGAAUAAUCACAGAUCAUCGAUCCCCGUAUCCCUAGGGUCAACAUCAUUGACAGUGCACCGUUCGAUGAAUGCAACUGAGACGGCCUUCACAGCUCCUGCGUGCACAUCCGCCUUAAAAAAUAAUACAUCCGCGAAUUGUUCCAGUGUAGUGGAUAUUUUUGAGUCAUAACCCAUGAGUGAAAUUCAUUCUGGCCCUCAACGUCUUACAAUUAGGCCAAUCAUCGCUCAACAAGUGCAAUCAGUUCCGUUUUGCCUGGAAAAAAAUAUCUAUUCAUUCAGAAUAUCAAAUUUAGCACCAAAAUUAUAUUUCAAAUGUACAACUGCAUCAUCCUGAUGAUUUACUAUUGACUAAAGCUCAUUGUGUUUGACAUACAACAAUAUAGCAACAACUGUUUGUACAAAACAAUUAAAAAUAGGGGGAUAAUAAAUUCAUUUCCAAGUUACAUCAAUCCACGAGUCGGUUUCAAACUAUUGAUUUUCUAACAUAUCCAUUAACAAAGAUCGUCUCGUGCUGGAUUAUUUAUAAAUUGUUUAGUCACGUGUUACGAUUAACUUUUAAAAAUAUGAUGCCGAGUUUAGACGGGAUAUUCCACUGAAUAGCAAUACGAAAUGGGAUUCUCAAUAAUUGAUUUCGUAAUAAUCGCAAAAUUUACAAAAUUAUAUAUUUCCAUGAAAAAAUAUAUAGAAAAAUCAGAAUCUAAUCUCUGCUGCAUAAUAAAAUAUUGAAAAAUGCAGCAGAAUUUUUCAAUGAAACAGUUCCGUGUGCGCUAUGUUUAUAAUAACAUGGCAGUUAAGUUCAUAAUGAUUUCAACAGAGCAAAUAAAUUACGGACGAUAUAAACGAAAAUUUUGAUCAGAUGAAUCCAUGUCAAUAUUCAGUGAAAUAAUCCAAAUACUUGUUAAAACGAUUGAAAUAUUAUUUAUAUGAAUAUUUUACCAAAAACUGUAAUUGAUAAAGUAUUACCUUGAUAUGUACAACGUUUACUGUAGCUAGGGAGCUUUUUGACGGUAUAUGAAUGAAAUUAUUGACGAUAGGAAAUUCAUUCCCCUGAAUAAUUUUCCAAUUUUAACCCUUCGCGGGUGUGAAAACCACUGGAUUGAAUGUAAGAUCUAAUAUCAAUAAUUAUAUAUUGGCUUUCCUAAUUGUAAUCAGUAAUGUAGGCUGGCUGCCUUAAUCCAGAAAAACGAUAAUAUUUAAGUAUAAAAUUGAUGACAAAAGUGUAGAGGAUGUGAUUUGUAUGGAGUAUAUGAUGUAAUCCUGAUGGAGAUAAUAAGAAUUCACAUGCUAUGAUGCAAUGAAAUUGUCAAGAUGAAUGAUUAUUCAUUUUGUACGUGAAUUGAUGAGAACCCUGAGAAUAACCGUUACAAAAAAACUGCCGGAGGAAUUUUAACGAGAAACAGAAACAUUGAAUCUAGAGUUAGUGCAUUAUUGUAUUAAUUUCGAUAAAAGUGUUGAAAUAAUCACAAAAAAAAUCUCAAUUUAUUAUUAAUAAAAUUGGUUGAUGGGUAUGUGUUGACGUGCCAAUUAAGAAAAUUAC